UAUGUACAUAUAUUCACAGAUUUUCAUAAAACACUUAAAUUCAAGGGUUUUAUUAGAUUCCAAUUACGGAAGUUUAUUUUGAGGUUAUUCAGUCAUUAGUAACUUAUUAAUAUAAGCAAACAGGUCUUAUCUCCACAUCAUAGUAACUACACGUUACUAUGAUGUGGAGUUAAGGUUAAGAAGUAGUGUUAAGUCAAACCGCGAAGUUGCUACACGCAAUAUGGAGUCCCUACAAACAACUCGCGCACUUUCGUUCAUGCCAAAUACUUUAAGUUUUGUACGUGAACAAGUCAAUAUAAAUUCACCAGUACGUAUCAAUGAAGCCAUCGAUUUAUUAAUUCAAUGGAUUCAAAAACAAAACCAUUUUAUAAAGAAGGAUUUCUCCCGAGAAUACCUAGAGAGGUGUGUUAUCAUAAGCAAAGGUUCGGUGGAAAGAGCAAAGAGAAAAAUGGAGAAAUCUUACACUUUCCGCACGCUUAUACCAGAAUUGUUACAAUUUUCAAAUCCCAGGGAUAUGAUGAAGGAGUAUGAAGGCUCGAUUACAAAUUUUGUUCUUCCCCAACUGACGGAUAGACACGAACGCGUAUACGUCAUGAAAAAUUGUGGCCAAAAAUUUACAAGUUUUACUAAUUACUACAAAUUUUUACUUAUGAUGUGUGAGUAUUUUCAAGCUAAAGAUUACAACAACGGUGUGAUUGGGGUGUUUGACUAUAUCGACACAAAUGUAUUAGAAGUAGUGAAAACUAUAAACAUAAUGGAAAUCCGACAGCUGAUUACAAUUGUCACGGAAGGUUUCAGCCUUCGACUCAAAGGAGUACAUUUCAUGACAACAUCGAAGGCUAUAGACACAUUAGUUUCUAUACUCAAACAAGCCUUGAGCGAAAAACUGGCAAAGAGAAUUCAUGUACACAGGGAUCACACAUCUUUGAAAGAACAUUUUUCAUUGGAAAUUUUGCCAAUCGAGUACGGUGGCAAGGAAAAAUCUAUGUAUAAAUUACAGGAUGAUUUAAUAGAUGAAUUUGAAUCGCCAGACUUCAUGGCUCACUUGAAAGAGAUGCAAACAGCCAAAACUGAUGAGUCCAAACGACAAACAGAUAAAUACAACGAGGCUAUAAUUGGAAUGCCCGGAUCCUUUAGGACUCUAAGUGUCGAUUAAUUUAAUAUAGACCCUCUCAUUAUGGUUAAUUAUAAUUAUAGUGGUUAAGAAUAAUUAUAAAAGGCUAAGGCCUCGACAUGCAAGCAAUUUUUUUAUCUUUAUAGGAUUUUAAUAGUUUUAUAUUUUCGUUUGUAAUUUAGUUUGGUACCCUUAGAUAUUUCAAUCAGUUGUACAAAGUAUGAGAGAUAAUGUUACUGCUGCUGUGUUGAAUUUUUAAAUGAGUAUAGGCACAGUUGACGCCAAUUAACAUAAGAGAAGACUCAAGCGCCUUAAGCUUUUUCAUCUCUUAAUAACAUCAACGUGGUUGUUGCCUCAUUAAAACAAGAAAAAUAAAUUGACAUAAAUAUGUACUUGUAUAAUUUACGACUUUUAUAUUCCUCUAAGAUU